GUCCGCCUUGAGACUCGCUUCCUCUCUCCUUGUGUCUACGGUUUUGUUCUGUCAUUCUCUCUCGCAUCCCUCUUCACAUAGUAGUACAAGCCGAGCGGGUAGCAGGAGUGCUAGCAGGUGGCCGUCUCCCACUUUCCCAGACUCUCUCUCCUCUUUCCCUACCUGACUUUCCUAACCUCCUCAUCCCUCCAUUGAUCCUGUUUUCCUCGAUUUCCGAGUUUCACUUGUUCGAUUCUUAACUCCAUCUCCAAAGCGACGGGGGUUUCGACGAGAGGAAUUGUGCUGGGCUUUGACGAUACCGGUAGACUCAAACUGCUUCGUGACUUACACGAGAGCGGACCGAAGGAUACUCGCGCCCGGCCAUCGAAACCGAUAGGCUUGGACACACCGAACGUUGCAGGCAACGGGACGACACGACGGCAUAUUGCUUUUUACUGUAUUUCUUGGCAACUUGCCGCCUUUAGCAGAAAUGGCAUUGGCAAUGAACGCCCCCUUCUCUGCACCGUUGGGACCCGUCAUCGCCGAUGACGCCGACGACAACAUCGCUUUUGGGACCGAAGAGUCUUCUCAGCCCCACUGGUCUGUCGAGCAAAAGGUCCCGGCGGACGAGACUACGCGCAUGAACGAUACCUUUACUCUCGCCUUCAUCAACUCCACCCUGGGAACACAGCCAAAUAGCCGUAUCAUCAUGGUAGACGACAUCACGCACCAAGUCAAAUGGUCCCUCAAUGGAGACCCCCAGCAGAAAAUUGGGAUUGUAAAGGUUACCUGGCUAGGUCAGAUGGGUGGUGGGAAUCAGACGAUCGAUCAGGCGGCUGCCAAUUCGGAAGAGUCAACCCCACAACCCGUCGAGGCCUCUCGGGCGACGACUCACGCCAUGCUGAGAGGUCGGAUCAGCGCCGAGCCUAGUAAGAUGACAUUGGGUCAGCACAGCGUCUUCCUGCCAGUCGGCGAACUGAGACAGGGCAAGAACCUGUCGCGUUAUGAAAACGUGGACAUGUAUCUGACGGUUGAGUGGGAGUCGAGCAAUGGAGCCCGCAGUACAACAAGCGGGGUGUUCACUGUUCUAGACGGCUUUGCACAGUAUGACGAGACUGUAGAGAGAUUUCGGGUCAUGAUGGCUACGGAUUCGAAGAACUUUGGCGAGGAGGGCCCCUCCAGCUCGGAAUUGGGCCCGGAUACUGCCUCGGGGCCAACAGCGUCCGUCGUCGCCACGACUACUCUCUCAUCCACCAGCCCAUCGCUCGAGACCAGCGGGAAUAGUAACAGUGGAAGUGUCAGGUCUGGCCUCCCUGCCGGUGCCAUUGCCGGUAUUGUCAUCGGAUCGGUGCUUGGCCUCGCUCUAAUCGCCUUCCUGGUCUGGUUCUUCCUCCGUCGGCGCCGUCGCGCGGGCCACGUCUCGAACGGCGUCUACGGCCCCGAUCACGGUCCUCACGAAUACCUAGCCGACAAGGAGAACCGCGCCCACGCCACCGAGUCACCGCACUCUCCUUACUCCGACGACGGACAGAACGCCCAGCACGUGCCGAAACAGCAGCGCCACAUCCAACGGGGUAGUGGCCAAGAAGCUGGCGUGCCCGCCUCUGUCGUCAGUGCUACGGAGCGUCGCAUCCUGGCGCUGUACAGCGAGGAGGAGCAAACGCCCAUCGUCACGAGGUCUGUGGAAGACAUGACCCGCAACGGCGCACGAUCGUCGACGCCAAACGUCAACGCAAACGUCUCGCAUCUGAUCGAAGAUGGAAUGACAGAGGACGAGAUAAGGCGACUGGAGGAGGAAGAGCUGGCGUUAGACGUCGCAAUCGAGCGGGCUGGCCAGGGACAGCGUCAGGGACAGGAGCAGGGGCAACGUUAACAGCCAUAGUCGUUGGUGGCCAUGUCUGAACCCGUGCCCCCACCCCGGUCCCCCAUUUUUAGUUCGCCAGAAUGCGACUUCUUGUUGCAUAGUUCUUGUUUGCUACCCCCUUCCUUCUCUCUUUCUUUUUCUUCCUGCUCCAUUGUCACUGUAGCGGACUAGUUCUUCGUGUGUCGAAUAGCAUACAUGCGGGUCAAGGCGUUUUGUAACCGCGGUGCCUUUAGUCGUUCGUUUCUGGAGGGUUCUUGAUACCCCGUACCGCAUGGAAAGGAGGACUGGUCUGGUUGAUGGCUGGAAAGGCUUGCAGUAUAUGUAAUGGACGGGAGCAAAGAGUCUGUUCUGUUCUACUCUGUUUGUUGUUGCUCUUUUAGCACAUGAGUCACAUCAAGGGACAAAGUUGUGACGAGGUCUUUUGUAUGCAUAAUGCCGAAGCUGCGAGCAGCGGUGUUAGAGGCGAUGGUGCUAUCGAGUCAUCCGAGUCCUUGUAGUAGCCGGCGAGAAGAGCAGGUGUGCAUGAGACAACUUGCGCCUUGGGAGCCCAUGGACCUACGAUCAACGAUAUAUGACCUGGAUAUUCAAACGUGACAACUGCCGUACAAGUGCAGAACCCUAUAAAGAACGCUGCGCCAGCGAGUACGUGGUUGACUCGAGCUAGCCGUCCCCCCACCCCCUUCUUAAAUCAUCGUCAAGCCGUAAGGAUAUGAGUGUCUCCCUCCAACCGUUACCGCAGUGGGUUGGAGACACCCGUGACAGCAAACACCACGAGACUGCGUACCAAAAGAAAAAGAGCCCUGAU